AUGAACCGAUGCGUUUCUAUUGCUUCGAAUGCUGUUCGAAGCCAUAAGUUACAUUUCCAUCGAAGUCUUGCUACUUCAGCCAGUCCACUCACGACAAAAAUCAAGGUGGCGAACCCUGUUGUUGAUUUAGAUGGAGAUGAAAUGACGCGAAUCAUAUGGCAGGAAAUAAAAAAUAAGCUUAUCUUUCCUUAUCUCGACUUAGAUGUUAAGUACUAUGACUUGGGUCUUCCGCAUCGGGAUGAAACAAACGACCAAGUUACCAUCGAAGCUGCUGAAGCUAUCCGGAAAUACAAUGUUGGAAUUAAGUGUGCAACCAUCACUCCAGAUGAAGACAGAGUGAAGGAGUUCAAGCUUAAGAAGAUGUGGUUAUCACCUAAUGGAACAAUCAGAAAUAUAUUGGGAGGAACUGUUUUCCGGGAACCAAUUUUGUGCAAAAACAUCCCUCGUUUAGUCCCAGGAUGGAAGAAACCUAUUGUUAUUGGGCGUCAUGCUUUUGGUGAUCAAUACAAAGCUACUGAUCUCGUCAUUCCUAAAGGAUCAAAGAUGCAACUUCUCGUCACAGGAGCUGAUGGAAAGACUCAGACUCAUGAUAUCUUCCAUUAUAAAAAUUCCGCCGGAGUUGGAAUGGGAAUGUAUAAUACGGACGAGAGUAUUGAAGGCUUUGCUCGCUCAUGCUUCCAAUAUGCAUUAACCAAGAAAUAUCCCCUCUAUUUGAGCACCAAAAACACAAUUUUGAAAAGAUACGAUGGUAGAUUCAAGGAUAUCUUCCAGGAGAUAUACGAGAACGAUUUCGAAAAGCAAUUCAAGGAUCUUGGAUUAUGGUAUGAGCACAGAUUGAUUGAUGAUAUGGUUGCUCAAGGUCUUAAAGGAGAAGGAGGUUUCGUUUGGGCAUGCAAGAACUACGAUGGAGAUGUUCAGAGUGAUAUCGUUGCCCAAGGAUAUGGAUCUUUGGGAUUGAUGACAUCAGUACUGAUGUGUCCUGAUGGCAAAACGAUAGAAGCUGAAGCGGCUCAUGGAACCGUCACACGUCAUUAUCGACAACAUCAGAAAGGUUUAGCCACUUCUACAAACCCCGUGGCCUCUAUUUUUGCUUGGUCAAGAGGACUACACCAUCGCGGAGUAUUGGAUAGUAAUGAGCAAUUGAAGAAGUUCUCAUUGACAUUGGAAAAGGCAUGUGUUGACACUAUUGAGGAAGGAAAAAUGACUAAAGACCUCUCCAUCUGCAUAUAUGGAACCAAAGAAGGAUCUCAAGAAGGAAGAUUCCUGACAACGGAAGACUUUUUGGAAGCUAUUGAUAAGAAAAUGAUUUCACUCAUGGCUUCAUAG